AUGGCUUCUUCUCUGAGAACCAGAUUAUCGCCUUUCGUCGGAUCCUCCGUCAUAACACGGCGGCGUUUUCCGUUCGUCGGAGCGUUUUGCGUGCUAAGCUUAGGUUUCUCAACUCUCUCUUUCUCUUCGUCUUCCUUUAAAACGGACUGUGCUCAAUCCUUCUCUUUUGGUCCUCUCUUAAGGCCUAAGUUUAGCAGUAAGGCUUCUUCAUCUGGUGGAACGAUCAAAAUGGAGGAGAGUAGCAAGAUUGUGCCCAGCAUUGUUGUCUAUGUCACUGUUCCUAACAGAGAAGCAGGAAAGAAGUUGGCUAAUAGCAUAGUCCAAGAAAAGCUUGCAGCAUGUGUGAACAUUGUGCCAGGUAUUGAAUCGGUGUACGAGUGGGAGGGAAAGGUUCAGAGUGAUUCUGAGGAGCUCCUGAUCAUCAAAACAAGGCAAUCCCUUCUAGAGUCUCUAACCGAGCAUGUCAAUGCAAAUCACGAAUACGAUGUGCCAGAAGUAAUUGCAAUGCCCAUAACUGGUGGGAGCGACAAGUAUCUAGAAUGGUUGAAAAACAGUACAAGGAACUAA